UGUGCUGCGUGAAAAGAGGAUAUAGCGAGAGAUGUAGUGGCAAAGAUAGAGCGAGACCAACGGCUCUUUUCCCUGUGGACACGUGGCAGGAAGCCCGCUUCUCGUCGCCGUCACUUGGAAAAGCCUUAAUCCGACGACCCUGUUCUGUUUUGCCGAAAGAUAUGGUGUCUUUGCACAACUCACCAUCGAUCCAUCAAACAUUGUUGCGAAAUGUGUCUACUAAGGUGGGUCUGUGUAGGCAUGGCCAUCAUCAAAGAAACAUUGUCUUCUUUGUGAGGUCUGAUCAAGUGCCUACAGCUUCAACUUCUCCUUGCCAAGAUACUCUUGGAAGACGCCAAGUGCUUGCCCUGGGAGUAACAAUUUCUCCAGGGUUAUUGUUGCCACACCAAACUUCAAUGUCGUUUGCUGCAGAAACAAAACAGGGAUUUCUGUCCGUCACAGAUAAGAAGGAUGGAUAUACUUUUCUUUACCCAUUUGGUUGGCAGGAGGUAGUAGUUGAAGGAGAAGACAAGGUCUUCAAAGAUGUUAUUGAACCUCUAGAGAGUGUCAGUGUUAAUUUGAUCCCAACCAGCAAACAAGAUAUUCGUGAUUUUGGUUCCCCACAGGAGGUUGCUCAAACCUUGAUAAGAAAGGUCUUGGCUUCUCCAUCACAAAAAACAAAGCUGAUUCAAGCAUCAGAGCACGAUGUCAAUGGGAAAGCAUAUUAUGUGAUUGAAUUCAUUGCACAAGCUCCAAACUACAGUCGCCAUGCUCUUAGUGCAAUCUGUGUUGGCAACGGACACCUGCAUGGCUGCAUUAAUGCUGAUAAACAAGGAAAGUUCUACACUUUGACAACAGGAGCCAAUGAGAGGCGAUGGGAGAAAAUGAAAGAUAGAUUGAAAACUGUGGUUGAUUCCUUCCAAAUCUUCAAUGUCUGAAAUAUAUUUUUAAAAAAAAAAAAAAAAAAAAAAAAACUCGUGAGAUUAUGUUGGAAAAUAGCUUGUAUACAGGCUACCUAUGAUAGAAUUUUGAGUGGGAUCUGUUCCUUCGUUUUGGAAGAUCUCCGUGAGCACUUUGACAUUAUAUAUUUACUUUCCAGAAAUGAUCAUUGCGUGAAUGAGUAAUUGAGGUUCAAAAUGUACUAAUUGGAAGAAGUUUGCUUGUUGGAGGAAAAAAUAAUUGAAGUUUGUCCCACGUUGAAAA